AUGAAGAAAAUAUUGCGAAUAGAACCUCGUACUGGACGACUAAAGAAAUUAAAGGAAACAGAAGAAAAGAUCCUAAUCUGCCAUAUUCAAGAAGAUUCCUUCACUUCCGGAUCACAAUUGGCGUUAAUGGCAGCAACACUGUUUGACAAAAAAGUGCGUCCAGAAUUAUGUCGUAGAUUGCUCAGAAAAUAUAAUUCAAAUGCACGAGUUCCAAGGAGAAAAAACUCCAUUUAGUAAAAAGAAUAAAGUUUUAUAUUUAAAGUAGGCCAAAGGAUUUACUGACAAAAAUAAUUACUUCUGGAGUAUGGUGUUGUUCCCCGAUGAAAGUAAAUUUGAUGUUUUUGGUUCUCUUAUUGAGAAGAACAAAUACAGAAUAAAAUCCAAAAAAUUUUAUGGUUUAGAUUAAGUUUAAGUUAGGUUUAAGUUAAGUUCAUAUUUAUUUAUAAUAAAAUAUGGUGAAAGAUUGGUGAUGGUAUAGGUUUAAGUUAG